AUGAUCGAGUCCUCCAAUGCAAAAAAGCAGCUAUCCACAGCUAAACCACUGGUCAAAGGCUUUAACUUUUUUAAGUCCGGUAACUUAGUAAAAGUGACCGUCUGUUUUCGAGAAAAUAAGUGGUACUUAAAGAGUCCAGUUUUGCCCUCAAUGAAAAAAUCAAGCGUCUAUAACUGUUUCAUCUUGCUCUUACCAAAUGGCCACAUAAAAAGCGCGUACUGUGGUUGCCCAGCGGGUGUUGACGGUCGAUGUAAUCAUAUCGCGGCAACCUUGUUUGGACUUGAGGAAUUCUGCAAGCAACGUGAAAAGCAGCAGCAAGAACAGACCUCUCGAACGUCCCAACCUUGCACUUGGAAUGUUCCCCGUAAAAGGAAAGGAGAGGUACUGCCCAUAAGCCAAAUGAAAUUUAAGAAGCAUGAACAUGGGAAAGAAAAGAAAGACCGAGAAUCUGAAGUUAAGCGCGAUAAGGACGUGAGAGCCCCCCACCAAAGGGAAUGGUCCAACACCAGACAAUAUAAUGUGUUGACUUCUGUUCUCUGUGUUCAAGAGGAAACGGGGCAAACUAUAGGUCUUAGUCAUAUUUUACCUCUAAAGACAAGUAACAAUUUAAAAGAAAUAAUUGGCAAAGAACAUAGCUAUUGUAGAGUAGAUAGCAUAGUUCAAAAUAGAGAAAGCACUGGUGAGUCUGUUCACAAAGAAUCAGCCCCUGAAAGCUUAGCUUCAAGUCAAACGGAAGUUCCUGAAUUCAACAGUCAUCCUUUUUCAAUGGAUAUGCUGCAAAAUGAAUGCCAAAACGUCAAGCGGAAAUUAUUUCUCAAUGAGGAAGAAGCAGCAGAGGUAGAAAAAAACACUCGAGGCCAGUCAGCAGACCCUCUUUGGCAUGACAGUUGGAACCAAAGAAUCACAUCAUCAAAGUGUUACAGAUGUGCUGUACUUAAGGAUACCACAUCCCCAACAAAAGCAAUACAAGAGGUUCUAGGGUACAAACAGUUUGCUCAAACUAAGGAAAUGAAGGAGGGUCUUUCUAAAGAACCAGAAAUUAUACAAGAAUUUUUAAAUACUAUGAAUGAAAAGGGACACAAAAGAAUAAAAGUAGAGAGAUCAGGACUUAUUGUAAGUACCUUACAUGGUUUUCUGGCAGCUAGUCCAGAUGGUUUGGUAAAGGACCCCUCACACGAACCACCCGAGGGAAUGUUAGAAAUGAAGUAUAUUCAAAUGAAAGAGGACGAAACACUGACGGAGGCAUUGCUAAGGAAGAGAAUUUGUGUGUAAGACAAUGAGGAACUAACUGUAAAUCGCCGUCACCAGUACUUUUACCAAGUGCAGCAUCAAAUGUAUGUUGCAGGUCGAUAUUGGAAUGAUUUUGUGGUGAAAGGGUCAUUGUCAACUGAGCUCUUCAUCAAAAGAGUACAAUUUGAUCCAACUUUCUGGGGCCCAGUGCUUCUCAAACUGAACCAAUUCUUUGAAAAACACAUGCUACCU